GAUUAGGUAUAGUCAGCAACUCCAGACCUGCAAAUCUGACUCUCUCGUGGAAUUCUAACGACAUGUGGAGAUAUAUACCGAUAUUUCUUCGAUCAUCCUGUCGGUUAGCUGAUUUUUCAGUCUGCAUGAGUGGUUUUUUGAAUUGUUCUAGAGACAUGCAAGUUGAUCACAGGCCGGAACUGCCGGACUGACUUGAUCUGCUUUUCUUUAUUAACUAUCAUGUUUCCCAAUUUUGAGACUUGCAUUCCAAAGCCAAUUCACAAGUCAAUGCUUGAGAGCGACAUUCGGUGAGCUUGUGUGUAACUCAGAAUGUUCGUUACAUCUGUUUGUACCACCCUGCUGCUCCUCGCUUUGGGGGCAACAGCAAAGAAGCCCAAUAUCCUCUUCAUCUUAACCGACGAUCAAGAUUGGCACAUGCAAUCACUGGAACAUAUGCCAUUUCUGCAGAAGUACCUGGUCCAAGAAGGCACAUUGUACACAAACCACUACUGCACAGUAGCCAUAUGCUGCCCCUCAAGAGUAAACCUCUGGACCGGCCGAGCAGCACAUAAUACCAAUGUGACCGACGUAUUCCCUCCAUAUGGCGGUUAUCCAAAGAUUGUUCAUGAAGGAAUCAACUCAAAUUACUUGCCGAUAUGGAUGCAAGAUUCGGGAUAUAACACCUACUACACUGGCAAGCUCUGGAACGCCCAUACUGUUGACAAUUACAAUGCCCCGUACGCUGGCGGAUACAAUGGAUCCGACUUCAUCCUUGAUCCCUACACGUAUGAGUACUACAAUGCCUGGAUGUCGCGCAACGGACAGGCACCCGUCAGCUACAAAGGCCAAUACUCCCCCGACAUCACCGCCGAGAAAGCUUAUGGCUUCCUUGAAGAAGCUACCCAGCACAAAGAGCCAUGGUUCCUUACAGUGGCUCCAAUUGCUCCCCACAGCAACGUCAAGCUCGAGCCGAUUGACGCGGUCGAUAUGGAUGCGCCAAAGUAUGCUAAACGGCAUGCUCAUUUGUUCAAGGACUACCGUAUUCCUCGCGACGCGAACUUCAACCCCGAAAAGCAAGGUGGAGUUGCCUGGGUGAAAACCUUGCCACGCUUGAACGACACAGUCAUCGAAUACAACGAUGAAUUCCAGCGAUCGCGCCUUCGGGCUCUCCAGUCAGUCGACGAGAUGAUUGAGAAAUUGAUCAAGACGCUCGAAGAGAAGAACCUGCUGGAGGAUACGUAUAUCUUCUUCACAACUGAUAAUGGUUACCACAUCAGUCAGCAUCGUAUGCAUCCUGGCAAAGAAUGCGGGUUCGACACCGAUAUUCACAUCCCACUGAUCAUCCGAGGCCCUGGAAUUGCCAGAAACCGAAUCAGCGAUGCUGUUACAAGCCACACUGACCUAUCCCCAACCAUCCUGAAGCUCGCCGGCCAAACCCGGGAAGAUUUCGACGGCACCCCCAUUCCUGUAUACGAACAAGAAGUCCUAGCCGCCAACAACAACCGAAACAGUCGCCACGAGCACGUCAACAUCGAAUUCUGGGGCAUGGCGAUUCCAGAAGGCCAAUACGCCCACUACGACGGCGGGCCAUCAGACGGCAAUGGUCUUUACAAAGACGCCACGCGGAACAACACUUACAAGGGCCUUCGACUUAUCGGAGAGGACUACAGUAUCUACUAUUCCGUCUGGUGCACCGGUGAUCGAGAGUACUAUGAUGUCGCGCUCGACCCGGGACAGCUCGAUAAUUACUUCGAUGCUGAAGCCGAAGCGACACGGCGUGGGUACUCGAUCGCUGGUCGGUCGUUUGAGGAGGUGGUUAAUAGGCUUGAUGCGCUGAUGUUGGUGCUCAAGUCUUGCAAGGGUAGGGAUUGCGUCGAACCGUGGAGUGUGUUGCAUCCUGGAGGUAAUGUCAAGACGCUGAAGGAUGCUUUGGCGAAGACUUUUGAUGCUUUCUACGAGGAGCAGCCAAAGGUGUCGUUUGACUCGUGCGAAUUGGGGUAUAUUAAGGAACUGGAAGGUCCACAGAUACCAAAUGUUUAUGACGAUGGUGAAGAGAGAUUGGAAUUGCGAGGGCAGCCGAGUUUCAAGUACCAAGGGCACUGGUCACUGUUUACAUGAGUCUUGAUGGCUCUGAACCCGCCUGGAGGGUUAACAUUCCGCGAAAAACUGGUUAUCCUAUUCACGUCAAUUCUAGAGAGGAAAAAAUGCAUCUAGGAUCUUCAGAUGAAAUGUUGGAUGAUUUAUGAUC